UUGCAAGCACCACUCAUGUCCAAUCUCUCAGAGCAUCGAAAUCAGCUCACAAACGCAUAUCAUUGGUUUAUUCUCCUCGCCGUUUCCAGGCCGAAAUGACUCGACAUGAAUAGUGGGCGCGACGACGGGAAAUGUCGGUCAGGAGAACGUAUUUAAAUCGACAAGAAUUUGAAGAAACGGCGCCAUACAAAUCUCCAAGAAAUUCAUAGUUACUGCAGACUCAGUUGCGAUGCAAUCUCCUAAAGUCCUUAUCGUUGGUUCUGGGCCUGCAGGUCUGACUCUUGCUCUGUCACUCCUGAAGAACGGAGUACCAGUUCGCAUUAUCGAGAAAGAUACUCAGUAUCAUCGCGGAACACGUGGUAACGGAAUAACUCCACGCACACUUGAAAUUGAGCAUUUCCUUGGAGUUGGAGAUGAAGUCCGCGAAAAAGGGGCUCCUCCACCAACAAUUCAUAUCUUCGACGCGAACGACCCUUACCACAUCAUACAAUCUGCAAAAAUGAUGGCAGACAUUGAGCCAACACCCGCUUUCCCAAUUACUCGAGCAGUGCUCCUUGGCCAGUCGCACCAUCAGGCCAUCCUUCGCAAACAUAUUGAGGGUCUUGGCGGAAAAGUCGAACUUGGAUCCACCUUUAUCGGUUGUACGCAAGACGAGAAUGGCGUGACGGCAGAGAUUCUAAAGACGAUAGACGGCGACGAGCAGACGGAAAGUGUCCGAUUCGAGUACGUAGUGGGUGCAGAUGGCGGUCGGAGUAUUGUGCGAAAGGCCAUAGAUGUCAACUUCCUUGGAGAAACUCGCGAAGAAGGAAGGAUACACCUUGUUGAUGCUUUUAUAGAAGGCCUUGAUGCUGAUACAGACCUCCGCGUUUGGGGUAACCAGAACACCGCAAUGGUGACUCUUUGGCAAACGGCGCAGCCCGGUCUAUUUCAGGUGAUGUUUGCCGGCACCGAGGCGAAAUUCGACUUCCUUAAAGAGCAUUGCGACUCGCAAGCAGCUCAAGAAGAACUACACAGGAUCACGAACCGCAUUGAUCUCAGAGUCACGGAAGUAACUUGGCAUAGCGAAUGGAAGCCGAAUAUUCGCAUGGUGGACCAUUUUCAGGUCGGACGAGUGUUUAUCAUCGGCGACGCCGCACACACACAUUCUCCAACUGGUGGACAAGGUAUGAACUCCAGUGUGCAAGAUGCCUUCAACCUUGCCUGGAAACUCGCGUUAUCAAUCAAAGGAACCGCGUCGCCACGCUUGUUAGAAUCCUUUGAAAGCGAGCGCCUCCCAGUGAUCGCGGAGAUGCUCAAGCUCACGACCGCCUUACUCGACCGCUUCGUCCAGCAUGGUAUCGACCCAGAGAAAUCUGUGGAAGAAGUGACCGAGAAACAAAUUCAAAAAAGCUCACAAAAUGAGGAUGUAUGGAUCCGCGAUGCGAAACUUGCACAACUCGACAUACAUUAUCGUUGGAGUCCAGUCGUCUUUGAUGAGCGUUUCCCGCAUCCUAGUACAAUCUCUAUCGAUGCAUAUGAUGCGGUAACUGGUGAGAGAAGGGCUGGAGACCGUGCUCCUGACGCACCGUCUCUUAUUGGGAGAAAGGCCCCAGACCGACUUUUCGACAUCUUCAAUCCGGUAAUGCAUACGGUAUUACUAUUCGUGGCGAAUCAGUCCCUGAUCGGGCAAGCACGUGCAAUUAUAGCGCCGCUUUCUUCGAUUGAUACAGGUUUGAUACAGAAGGUGCUUGUACUCCCUGCAGGCACGGAUGCGUCGGACAUUCUGAUGAACGAUAUCAAGUAUGCUAUUGUGGAUUCGGAAGGACACGCAUUUACUAAUUAUGGGGUGGGCCCAUCGGAGAGUUCGCCAACGGCGGUUAUUGUACGCCCCGAUACUAUGAUUGGAGCCGUCCUUAAGACUGAAGCUGGCGCUCGUAGAUACCUUUCUCUGGUCUUUCAAUAAGGCCUUGAUUCUUCAUAUUACCCUAUAAGGACGUUUUGUAGAUUCGUCAUUCGAAUAGAAUCCCAACUCAGCUGUUUCCC